UGCGAAACCAACCGUAGCCGUCGUAAUGCCCGGGCCUCUCUCAACUCGGUGCUGUGUUGUCUUGUUGUCUCGCGCGGGCAGGUGAAUCGUCUGCUUGGUUGAGGCUAUUCACGUGGACUCGGGUCCUGACGUAGUUUCAGUCCCACGGCAGACGCAGCUAGUCGCUGGCGUGCCAUGGCAGCCCUCUCGAAUGCGGGCUCACCCGCAACGUCUAAGGAGACCAUUGUUGACGAGCAUGGCAUCUUGGAAACGAAUACUCGUCAGGAUCAGGCCGUGGACAUGGACGAGAAGCGCAAUCAGGACAAUGCUGCGGUCGACUCAGGGUCCAGCGACCAUGAGCAGACUCCAACAGAGUUCAAGGAAGGUGGAUAUGGCUGGGUCGUCGUUAUGGUUGUUUUUCUGAUCAACUUCCAUACCUGGGGUAUGAACUCUGCAUAUGCGGUGUUCUUAGCCUACUACCUGAACUCUAACGCCUUUCCGGGAUCAAGCAAAAUUGCAUUUGCCUUCGUCGGUGGCUUGUCUAUUUCGAUAGCUUUACUCCUCGCACCGCUGGCGACCAUCUGCAUACGCAAGUAUGGCACUCGUACUUGUCUCCAGAUAGGCGUGGUCCUAGAGACAGCUGCGUUCAUCGGCGCAUCCUUCACCCACGAAAUCUGGCACCUUGUUCUUAGCCAGGGAAUUGCUUUUGGCGCCGGAAUGGGGUUCCUCUUCACCGCCUCGGUCGGCCUGAUCCCGCAGUGGUUCCACGAGAAGCGCUCUCUCGCGAACUCGAUAGGUACUGCUGGAUCUGGCUUUGGCGGCUUGACAUACUCGUUGGCCGCGCAUGCGAUGAUUGAGAACCUCGGCCUUUCAUGGGCCUUCAGGAUCCUAGCCAUCCUAGCUUUUGUGGUCAACGGCGUCUGUAGCUUCCUGGCGCGGGACAGGAACAAGGAGGUCGGUGCGAUCCACCAGGCGUUUCACAAGGACCUCUUCAAGAAGUUCGAGCUGUAUCUGUACUUGGCCUGGGGAUUCUUCUCGAUCCUGGGCUACAUCGUUGUCGUCUUCUCGCUGGCAUCAUACGCCUCAGCAGUUGGGUUCACGGCAAACCAAGGCUCUAUUAUAGCGGCUAUUUUCAACUUGUCUCAGGGCUUGGGAAGACCUGUAAUCGGUUUAUUCAGCGAUAGGGUUGGCCGGAUCAACAUUGCAGCCCUGAGCACCCUGACCGCCGGGGUGGCAGCCUUCUUUCUCUGGAUUUUUGCGGGCAAGUUCUUUGCUGGUGCCAUCGUCUACGCCUUGUUUGGCGCAUUCGCGGGCUGUAUUUGGCCGUGCAUAGCCCCCGUGGCGGUGGAAGUGGUGGGGCUGCAGCUGCUCCCCUCUGUCAUGUCCAUCACCUGGCUCGUGUUGGUACUACCUGCGACGUUCGCAGAGGUCAUUGGCCUCAGCCUCGUGGAGCCUGGCAAAGACGGGUACCUGCAUGUACAGGUGUACACUGGGGCGAUGUUCGUCACGGCAUUUGCUGCUCUCUGGGCACUGCGGAUAUGGAAGCUUCACUGCAUGGAGAUCUCCAAGCUGGACAAGGAGGAGAGAGAGAGAGAUGGCCGGAGCCGGGAUGCCGUCGGGGCGGCAACUCAGGUCUCGCCUGCUGGCCACAGGUCAGUUUCAAUGGCGUUCGCCGUGAAAGCUUGUUUUUCUCUCACCAAAGUGUGAAUAAUCGUGAGGGGGCAAGUAUUACCGCUGUCAUAUGAUUAAAUGUACAUAUUCUAUGUCAUGCAUACGUGAUCUCUACAUAGCGCAGUGAAAGCAUAGCGAUAUGGUUCAGGCAACAUGAUCACCACCCGGGGUCCGUACUGUAUCAGCGACCCCAGGCUUUGCAGAGUCCUGCGGCCUGCCAGUAUGCUCCUGUGCCACAUCACUUUGUGCAGGAGCAUCGUCCGUAGACUCACUGGUCCUGCCACUUGUAAUGUCAGCGGUCUACUCGGCUGGCGCUGCAGCCUCCUCGGCACCAUCGGGCCCCCUUUCCCUCAGCAUCACCUCCGCAGCGAGCUGGAUAGACUUCUUGAGCUCAGCGGUCUUCUUCUCGCUCUCCUUAACCGCCCGGCGCACCCUCCUCUCCGCAGCAGACAUCCCGCUCGCGAGCUCAACAGCCUUCUCCGCGGCCUCCUCGAAGUCGUCGAACGCGUACAGCGGCAGCCCACUCUCCGCAAUGAUCCUCUGGCCCUCCUCCUCGUUGGUGCCGCGGAUCCGGACGACGACGGGUACCCUGAUGUCGACCUCCUUGUACGCGAGCACGAUUCCCCGCGCGAUCAUGUCGCCCAGAGUCAGGCCUCCAAAGAUGUUGACGAACACGACCUUGACCCUGUCGUCCUUCAAGAUGAUCUCGAACGACCGCUUCACCGUCUCACUCGUCGCCUUGCCGCCCGUGUCGAGGAAGUUGGCCGCCAGGCCGCCGUGGUCCGCCAGCGCGUCCACCGUGUUCAUCGCGAGCCCGGCCCCGUUGACCAGCGUGCCGAUAUUGUGCGCCCUCUCCCCCGGGGAGAGCCGGUGGUACACGAUCCCCUCCGCCUCGGCCUCCCUCGCGCCCGGGUCCCGCGCCUCCUUCGCCGAGUACUUGUAGUGCACGUCCGCGAGCCUCCCCGCGCUGCGGGCCGCGGCGUCGUCCAGCUCGAUGCGCAGGUCGUAGACCGGGAACACGGUCUUUGGUUCUCGGCCUCGCACGUUGCGCACGCCGAACUGCAACCCCACGCGCUUCGCCUCCUUGUCCCGGAAGACGCGGGCCAGGUCCCGCAGCAGAUUGCCCAGGCGGGUGGCAACCGACACGGGCUGGCCUGGUUCGUUCAGCUUCAACUUGGCCAUCAGCGUUGCCACGAUCUCGUCCCACAGCUCGGUGCCAUCCAGGGCCAGGACGUCCGCCGCGCUGGGAGGCAGCAUGAUCUUGUCAUAGCGGGACGGCUGGUAUUUGCUCUUUGGGUAUAUAUGGAUUCCUGUCAUCAGACACUGUGACCGGGUGGCUCGGUCGAUGCCGAGGCCAAGGUAGCGGGUGGGCUGGUGGUGGAAAUGAAGGUCUACGCCGAGUCGGGCUUCCUUGAGGAGCUGAUGGCUGGCUUUGGUGUCGAGAUGGAGGCCCCGAGUCUGCUGUGACGACGUCUUGAGGCGUGACCUGCUGGGCAUGGAGUUCCCGGAGGGCCUCCGGGCGGAAGUAUGUAGACCACGCCUCUGCUGCGGAGGAGAGCCUCCUGAUACUGCCAUGGUAAAAUCAUCCGCGGACUUGAAAACAGCCCCGUCCUCGAUCUCACCCGCGGGGGGUUGCACACCCUCACCCUCCAUGAGCCUCCUCAGCGCCACCCCGAUCUUUGCAGGAUGAUUCACAAUCGUCACUCCAGCUCCUUCAAGAGCUGCGACCUUGUGCUUGGGUGACGGCUCACCGGGCGACCAAAACGCGCCAGCGUGGCCCAUCACUCGGUCCAGAGGCGCCAGCUGUCCCGCGACGAGAGCCACAAUGGGCUUUCUCUGGGCCACCGGCGUCCUGGCGUGAUAGUCUGUAAUCCACUGCGCAGCGAGGAUCUCACCGUCUCCGCCGAUCUCCCCGAUGAGCGCGAUGCCCUUGGUGUUAGGAUCGUGCUCCAGCACCUGCAGGGCCUCCACAAGGUCCGUCCCUGGCAGAAUAUCCCCUCCCACGCCAAUGCAGAGACUCUGGCCCAGACCCGCCCUCGUCGUGGAGGCCACAGCCUCGUAGGACAGCGUCCCCGACUUGGCAGCUAUUCCAACACAGCCAUCGCUGAAGCAAGGCAGCGGCUGGAACCCGAUCCUGCAUCUCUCCCCCUUGGCGCUCGAGAUGAUGCCCGGCGAGUUGGGCCCCACCAGCCUCGACUUGCUCUGUGUCUUGAGCAUGCUGUGGAUCCUCAGCAUGUCGUGCAGUGGAAUAUGUUCCGCCACGGCCACGAUGAGGGGGACCUCGGCCUCGAUGGCCUCCUCGAUGGCCGGCGUCGCCAUGGACGCGGGGACGUAGAUCCCCGUGGCGUCGGGCCUGAGCUCCUCCAUGGCCCUCCGGACCGACGGCAGGACGGGAAGCCCGAGGUGCUCGCUCUCCUUGCCCGGCGUCACGCCACCCACGAUGUUGGUGCCCCAUGCGAUGGAUUCCUGAGCAUUGGCGGUGGCCUGGCGGCCUGUGAAGCCCUGGAAGAUAACGCGUGUCUUGGAGCCAAUGCGGAGAUUUCCCAGCGUGGCGGCGUAGUUUUGGCGGCAGCUUGAGGAGCCAAAGAGUCGGCGUGUGGUUGUGAGGCCGUGGCCAUGAUGCAUAUGAUACCUCGAUCUGCUUGCUGAACGCAGGCUUGACCUUACGGCGGACUGCAUCCUGUGUGAGGGAACAAGAUCGCCGACACGGACGACCUCAUUGAAUACAGUGGUUGAGGGCUUGCCUGCAGGUUUAUGUCAGAGGACAAGGUUACUGAAAUCAAUGCUCGUACUUAUGUAGAGUAGGGUAUUGCCCUGAGAACUUGCGAUGUCGCUGUUGACUGCAGUUCGAAAAGCCGGCCAGCUGGCUUCAUUUGCAAAUCAAUCCUACAGGUGAUGUGGCUGGUGGGCGCUAAAUCAGGAAGAUGCAUUUGCAAGUGGAGCAUAUAGCCGACUUGAAAGGAAAGCAGCCAGACUACACCCUCUGAUUUUGC